AUGGCCGACGACGAGAGACCCGCGAAGAUGCAGAAGAGGCAGCACAGCCCGCAGACUGAGGACGCCGCUUUCGCCGAAACUACCCAGCCCGCCGCCGCCAAUGGCUCAGCAGACAACACCACCACAACUGCCGCGCAGCCUGACGCCGCGCAGAACGUCGCCUCGAACGACAACACCGACGCCAUGAGUGUCGACGACAACAACGACAACGCCGGCGACAACGGCGAAGCUUCGACCGCCACCGCCGUCACCACCACCACCGACCAACCCGCCAAACCCGGCCCACCACCCGGCAUGACCAAGUCCGCAUGGAAAAAGCAGAAGCGACAGGCCGAAUGGGAAGCCGGGCGCGACGCGCGCAAGGCGCAGCGCAAGGAGAAAAACAAAGCACGCAAAGAGCGCAAGCGGCAAGCCUACCACGCCGGCAACGAAGGCGGCGGCGGCGGCAUCGACGUCGCCGCCCUCGACCACCCGCACCGCCACCAGCGCGAGCUGCAGGACCAGCUCCGCAGCCAGAAGGCCGUCCAGCUCCCCAUCACGUUCGUCUUCGACUGCAGCUUCGACGAGCUCAUGAUGGACAAGGAGAUGAAGAGCUUGGGCCAGCAGAUCACGAGGUGCUACUCGGACAAUCGCAACGCGGCGUACCGGGCGCAUUUGUGCAUCUCGAGCUUCGGCGGGAACUUGAAGGAGAGGUUUGAUGGGCUGCUGAAUGGGCAUUAUAAGUCUUGGAAGGGGUUCAGGGCGUUUGAGGAGGAUUUCGUCGAGGUCGCGGAGAAGGCGAAGGGGUGGAUGGGGGAUCUGAGGGAGGGUGGUCGUUUGGCUGGGACGUUGGCCGAGAUUGCGGAUCGCGAAAAGAAGGGGGAGAAGGCUGCGGAAGAACGUGAUGAUAGACGGGGCGAGGUCGUGUACCUCUCGUCUGAAGGAACGGAGACCCUCCACGAGCUGAAACCGUACAGCACCUACAUCAUUGGUGGGCUGGUGGACAAGAACAGGUACAAGGGCAUCUGCCACAAACGUGCCACCGAGCGAGGCAUCAAGACCGCCAAGCUGCCCAUCGGAGAAUUCCUGCAGAUGAACAGCCGCAGUGUGUUGGCGACGAAUCACGUCAAUGAGAUUAUGCUGCAGUGGCUUGCUUGCGGCGAUUGGGGAGAAGCUUUCAUGAAGGUCAUUCCGAAGCGGAAGGGAGGCCAGCUGAAGAGUACGGGCGAAGAGGAUGACGAGGACAACGACCAUGACAAUGCAGAUGUCGAGACAGCAGAAAAGGCUGAGGCAUCGAACGAUACCCAUGCGGAGUCAGGCUCCAGUGCAGAUGCAGCUGAGGCCACAGAAGCCAAGGCCGAAUAA